GUGUCUCUAGUCAGGAUGAAAUUAAUACAUUUUUUUAUAUUUGUAUGCAUCUUGAGUUAUGUAUGUUUGUUUUCUAUUUUUUUUUCUUCCUAAAGUGUUAUAACUUCUCCAUUGUAUAUUGAAGCUCUAUUUAUUUUCUAUAUAUGUUUAAAACAGAUAUCAGAGAAGAAAUUCGAGAAAUUGAAAUUGGGAAGGCUGAUACUGAAAUGAACGUCUUAAAGAUGGCGCCUCAUACGCAAAAAGUCAUCUGCUCCACUGAAUGGACUCGACCCUAUACAAGAGAACAGGCUGCUUUUCCAGCGGCCUUUGUGCAUCCUGAGACCAAACUGUGGCCAACCGUAGGUCGAAUCGAUGAUGCAUACGGUGAUACCAAUCUCAUGUGUUCCUGUCCGCCCGUCUCUGCAUACUCAUCUGAAUAAAGAUUCAUUUUUUUCUCCAACUGUGCUUUUCAAUUUUAUGUUUUUAAGAAAUCAAUAAAUUCCAUUUAUAUUAUUAA